GUGACACACACACACACACACACACACGGAGAGAGAGAAGAGAGGAACUUACUUCAUGAGUCAAUCAGAUUUAUAAAACCUUUUCAGUCAGUUCCAGUAAAGAGAAAGGAAACGUGAAGUGGUCACAUGGAGUCUGCAGACGGUGGGCGUGGGCGGGACGGCGGCGGUCAGCGGCGCUCCCCUCUCGACGUCAUCAUGAGUCAGAUUCGCCGGAAGCGCCCGUCCACCUCGGACAGGAAGCCGGCGCUGGGACGCUUCCUGUCCCGAACCUCGGAGCGGACGGGGAUCCCCGAGGACGGAGGAGAGUGGGAGGGGAGGGAGCAGAGGGAACACGGCUCAGGAGCAGCCGAGGUCGAGCAAGACGCCGGUUGGGGUCGAGUGUGUGUUUUCCUGCAGAGGUUGGGGAAGAAAGCCGACAGCAGCAGCCUCAGUCUGGCUCAUUGUGAUCUGACUGCUACAGACCUGCUGGAGCUCGCGACGCUGCUCCACUUCCUGCCUCGGCUGGAGGAGGUGGACGUUUCCUGGAACGAGCUGAUUGGUGGAUGUCUGGACGCGCUGACGUCUCACCUGCACCAUGUGGGCGGGAUCAGGGCGUUGAGGCUCUGCAGCUGCAGGCUGAACGCCGGCGACAUCACUGCACUGGGCGAAGCUCUCGGCUGCGUGCCACUCUUGGAGAUCCUCGAUUUGUCCUGGAACGGCUCCGUCGGGGGCGGAGUCGGAGGCUUGCAAGGCCUGCUGGGUAAACUCCGCCCACCGCUGAGGGAGAUUCACCUGGUGGCCUGCCAGCUCACUGCAGCUGACGCCGCUGCGCUGGGUGGAGCGUUGUCUGCUCUGCCCAGACUCUCCGUGCUGGACGUUUCCUGUAACCCGCAGCUCUCGCAGGAAGUCGACGGCAGCGUCGGCGGUUUCGGGGAACUGGCCGCCUCCCUCUCGCACGCCGCCUCCCUCACCACGCUGCGACUGCAGGCCUGCGGUCUGACGACGGGCUGCCUCCACGACCUUGGUGGUUCGCUCCGCUGCCUCCCCGCGGUGCGACAGUUGGACCUGUCCUGUAACAAGGGUUUGUCUGGAGGACUGGACCUGCUCACCCCGCACCUGGCUCACCUCACACACCUGGAGAGCCUCCACCUUCACCUGUGCUGCCUCACACACACCGACCUGGAGGCCCUGAUCCAGGCGCUCCCCUCUCUGACGGCGCUCGCUGAGCUCGACGUGUCGUCCAAUGAGGAGGCAGGGGGCGUGGUCCACCCGCUGGUCUCCGCCCUCCCUCUGACGCAGAUGAAGCGUCUGCCGCUCAACAGCUGCAGCCUCACCGAGGCGUCCUUCACUGCUCUGGCGCUGGCGGUGCCGUUCCUCCGGUCCGUGGACGUGUCCUGGUGUAAGGUGGUCGGCGGCCGCCUGCCGCUGCUGCUGGACGCUCUGCAGCCGUCGGUCGUCCUGGAGCUUCGCCUCAGCAGCUGCGAGCUCACCACCGACGACCUGCGGCACUUGGCGGUGGCGAGCGGUCGUGGUCGUCUGUCCUCCCUCCGGGUGUUGGAUCUCUCCUACAACGGCUCGGCGGGCGACGCCGGCUGGUCCGCCCUGUUCGCGGCCGGAGGCCUGGGCUCGCUGGAGGACUUGGACCUCAGCCUGCGACCUUCGACCUCUGCCUCCUGCUCGGCGUGGCUGCCGGCGCUGCUCGGCGCUCUGCCCCGCCUGCCGGCGCUGACCCGGCUGGCGGCGCAGCGCUGGGCGCUGGGCCCUCGGGAGCGGCGGCAGCUGAGCAACUGCGUGAGGAAGAGGGACGUCCUGCUGCAGUGGGACCCGGACGUGGGAGAUGCGGCGGCGGCGGCGGCGUCGUCGUGCGAGUCGACCAAUCAGGAGAGUCCGGAGGAGUAGGGCCCAAGAUCUCGUAGAGAAAUCAGAUUUCUUAUGUCACUAAUGAAAGACAUCAUUUAUUGCACCUACAAGAUUUCAACAGAGCAAAAACAUCUAUUGUAAAUGAAUAGAUUUAAAACUGAGUAAGAUUCUCCUCAGGUCUGGAAAAUAUUAGAAUUUAUUUUCAGGACAUGUCCAUAUCAUGUUGCAGUUCUGUUUACAGUCUGUUUUGAUUAUUGAUGAGGUUUAUUAAUCUCACAAGUUUAAAUCCUUGCUCUUCAUGUUAUUAACAAUUCACUGCCAUAUGUGCAAUAAACAUCUCAACGUCAACAUGAUCUCAGGAAGCAGAUGUUCAUGUCUUUGAUUAAAAAAUAAUAAACCGUAA